CACGCAGAUCAGUCCCCCUCUUCCCUCGGCCGCCGCAGAGAACAGCACCGCAGCGGAGAGAAGAGAGAGAGAGAACAUGGUGGCGCCGAACGUGAAGGCGGAGACGAUGAGGCUGAUGGACCGGCGGUCGGCGCUGGAGGCGGAGAUGGACGCCAUCAUCGCCGCCCUCUCCGCGCCGGGCGGGGCGGGCAUCACGGGCAGCCUCGUCGACGCCGAGGGCUUCCCCAGGGCGGACAUCGACAUCCCCGCCGUCCUCGCCCAGCGCCGCAAGCUCGGUGAGCUGAGGAAUGAUCACAAGGAUGUUACAAACAAAAUUGAGAAGAAUCUGGAAGUUUUACACUCUACAAAAUUAACAAGAAAUGAGCAAUCAAUCCCGAGAAGUUCUGGUAUAUCAGCUCCACUGCAUGGCGGAUUGUCUCAAAAUGAUCCUAUGGAAGAAGAUCUGGUGACCAGACUUCCUUUUGCGAUGAUUGAUGACAUCGCAGAUGGUUCUCCUGCUGCUUUGGAUGGCUUGCUGCUUGGGGAUGAGAUAGUGAAGUUUGGGAGUGUAGAGGCUGGCGGCAGAUUGCAAGAAAGGCUUGUUUCUGAAGCCCUUUCCAGUGAGGAUAAUCAAGUGUCUCUGCUCAUCAUUCGUCAGGGAUCACCAAUGAACUUGACAAUUACACCAAGAAAGUGGCACGGAAGAGGACUUAUGGGGUGCCAUUUCCAAAUCUUAUGAAGGGUCGCGGUCUAUAUUCAACUGUAGAACGGGGUGCUUUCACGUCUACACUUGUGCAGACAGCUCUUGCCGCCCUGCAUUUAAACAUCGAAGUAAACUGAUAACCUGAACGCAUGUACUUAUUUUUACCUGUAGCUGCGCUUAAAGCACAACGCAAUGCCACUGUGGAACCUGUAGUCGCCUUGGUUGCAGGCUUUAUUUGGUACGCUACCCUUCUUGCCCCCGGAUAAAGAACAAUGUCUAUCACGUUUUGCCAAUGAUGAUGUAGCAAAACCUGAAGUCAGAAUGAAGUUGGAUCGUGUGGACCGAGAGAAAAAAAGCCGCCAUCCGUAUGUGCAACUGUGGGAAGUUCC